AUGAAAUAUAGAGAACGUGUACAUGGGUUGAUCCUUGUUUCCCUUGUAUGCAAAGCACCUUUGUGGACUGAAUGGCUUUAUAGCAAGGUUAUAAUUCCUUUGUUAUAUUUCUAUGGAAUGUGUGGUUUAUUAAAGGAAUGCCUUCUCCAUCGCUACUUCAGUAAGGAGCUUAGGUCUAGCAUGAAUGGUGCAGUAUCAGAUGUAAUACAAGCUUGUCGAAUGUUACUAGGCGAAAGGCAAAGUUUAAAUGUCAUGCGCUUUCUUCAAGCAAUGAAUGAAAGGCAUGACCUUAUAGAGGGCUUAAAUAAGCUACCAUGCAAAACACUCAUUUUUGUGGGCGAUUACAGUCCAUUCCAUACUGAAUCAGUGUAUAUGAAUGCUACAAUGGAAAAAAGGAUAUGCGCUCUUGUUGAGGUUCAAUCGUGUGGCUCGGUAGUGACAAAAGAACACCCAUACGCAAUGUUGAUUCCCAUUGAAUUCUUUUUAAUGGGGUUUGGCUUAUACAGGCAACAACUACCUUUAUCUGCAGCAUCAAGUAAUAGAUCAAAGCCGCCAACCUCCUAG